AACUCCAUUUCGCCUUCUUCAAGUUUGGCCCUAGUCACCUGGCGCCAGGGCAGGGUCGUACGCCGGCUGCUGCUCCCUCCCAGACUUGAGCCACCUGGCUGUGAGCUCCAGUCUGGCUCAGGUGACCAUGCAGGCAUUGGGCACACCUGGCGCAGGGCCCUGACCCCGCCCCGGGCAGCCGCACCCCGGGACGCACUCGGGGAGCAGGCGGCGGCGGGCCACCGAGCGCCAUGGCGGCGGUGUCACCGGUGUGCGGCUCACAGGCGUCACCGGUCGGCGCCUCGUCCCCACCGGCGCCCGCACCGGCUCCGGCCACCGGCCUGGGCCGCUGCCGCAUGGCGCUACUGCUGGCGGUAGCCUUGGACGUGGCGGGCAUGGCGGCGCUUCUGACCGGCGUGUUCGCGCAGCUGCAGGUGCGUGGCCGCGACUUCGGGGACCUGCUCAUCUACUCUGGGGCGCUGCUGGUCUUCUUGAGCCUGCUGGGCUGGAUCCUCUGGUACACCGGCAACAUCGAGAUCUCGCGCCAGGAGCUCGAGCGCGACUACGGCCUGAGGCCAUCGGCGAUCGCCCGCCUUGCGCGCAAGCUGUCCCGCCGCUGGUCGGCGCCCGCCACCGCCGGUCCCCGGGCGUCACCGGGUCUCCGCGCAGCGCGCAGAGCCGCCCGCACGCCCCAGACGUCCGCCUCCGGCUCCCGCCGGGUGCGUCUGCAGCUCGCCACGCUCGAGGCGGGGCCUGGAGCGGCGGGCGCGGGCAGCGAGUGAGCCCCAGACAGCCUCAUCCCCCAGGACCUACAGAUGCGCAGCUGCCCCGGACAUCACGCAGCCACCAGGAUACCCGCCUGUUCCCUCACUUGGAUAAAUGUCUCGGUUUUGGAGCACUGUUUGCCUAUCUGGUUAAGGGCCUGAACUGGUGAAGGAGAGUGAUAUACCCUUCCUGCCAGGCCAAGCCACUUUUUAUCUAGGAUGCCCUAGACUUCUCACUGGCCCUCCACUAGGGGCACUGGGGAGGUGAGAGGAUCUCAAGUGCAGACCCAUGCAUCCAGCCCAGACAGCCAUUAGGGUAGUUUGGGUCUCCCAAGAACAGAAACGGGGCUAUACUUGCAAGCUAUUUACUGCGGGAGGGUGGUCCUUAUCGAGG